CAUAAUCCGUCAUACAUAUUGGUCUCUCCGAUCCCAAUGCGUACCCACGUCACGGAGUCGAUCGACAUCAGACUCCCAUCAGAAUCACGCAGAUGAUGCAUGAUCUCCUGCAGAGGACUGAGAUGUGACCUUAAGCUGCCGCAGUUGUACAACCUCGCAACCAGUUUGGUGGAAGCGUCUGCGCACCUCGAUUUCAGCAGAUCCGAGACCACGAUGAGGAUAGUGAACCCCUUCAGUCAUGGUGACAGUACCCGGAGUGAUCGACAUGAUGCAGAUUAUGCCAUAGUUGUUGAAGCGGCGAGGAUAUGUCUUCGGGUGGCCGCAUGGGCCUUGACCUUGUUCUGGGUGGCGCUGUGGUUGUUGUAUCCUACUACUCCCGGCAGCUACUUCAAACAGGACCUCGCCACCCAUGUCGUUUCCAGUUUCUUCGGUGAUAGUGCCACAUACUACGUUAUGUACGCAUGUCCGGUGAUUGCUUUGGCGACCGUUGCCUUGCUUUACCUCGAGUUGACCAAGAGGUUCCCGGUGAAGGAAGAAAUUAGCGACGUCAAAAGAUCCAAGCUUCACAGGCUCUGGGCCGGCUUCACGAGGAAUUUAUGGACGCAGCCGAUGGUGGUGAGGAGCCCACUUGGUAUUUUGACAGGCAUAGACUUGUUAGGAAUAGGACUUGUGCUUUUCGUCGUCGUGUGCUUCACCACCAACUUGACUGUACCUCGCUUCGACAGCAUCAACCACGGCGAAGAGAUUCCUGGCUUGGAAAAGAAAUGGCAAGCGAAAUUGGACAAGUCCGGAGAGCUGUUCGGGAAGGUGAUCCCGUUCGCAAUGACCCUGCUAUUCCUCCCGGUGACUAGAGGGUCGCCCAUACUGCGCUUGAUUCAUGUGCCAUCAGAGCACGCCGUGCGGUACCACCGAUGGCUGGGUCACUUGACCAUGAUCCUAAUUACGACUCACGGCGUCAUCUACUCCAUCUACUAUCACUCCAGGCAUGAAACUCACAUGGUAAUGGACUGGAAGUAUUCUACUGAGGGAAUUUCGAAUUUUCCCGGUGUGAUUGGAGCAACAGCUGGGGUCAUUAUGUGGGUGACUGCCUUGGCGCCGGUACGAAGCCGGUUCUUCAACUUCUUCUAUGGCACGCACCAGUUGUACAUCGUGCUGUUCGUGUUCUACGCGUGGCAUGUUGGCAAAGGAAACAUGGGCAAGUGUAUAGGCGGCAUCUUUCUCUUCUUCAUCGACAGGUUCCUGAGGUUUGUGCAGUCUCAGAAACGAAUAACUGGCGUAACAGCGCAGGUGCUGCCGAGUGGUGUAGUGGAGCUCAAGAUCCCCAUUCAACAAGGUUUUGAGUACAACGCAUUAAGCUUCAUGUACAUCAACGUACCUGGGAUUUCGCGCCUGGAAUGGCACCCCUUUAGCAGUGCAUCCAGCUCCCUCAACAUCUCAGACACAAUUUCGAUAUGUAUCAAGCCCCUAGGUGACUGGACGUAUAGCCUCCACUCCGCCAUUCUCGACAAUUUAGCCUCCUUAUCAAUGGACCCCAAACUUGAAUGCCCCUUCGCGCUGAAGCUGUACACCGAAGGUCCAUACGGUCAUGAGUCAGAUUAUUUUCUCAGGUACAAGCACCUCUUGCUGGUCGCAGGUGGGACUGGCAUCACGCCCUUCCUUGCAAUCCUCACCGACCUACUGAAGCGGCAUCAGCUCAAGCAGGAGAAGCUGCCGCUAUCUGUGCGAGUGAUCUGGUCCGUCCGGUGUAUUUCCGAGCUCUGCAUUCUUCGCGACAUUCGCCCUGCCUUGAUCUGCCCCAGCCUCGCCAAUGGCGGCAACAAGAGCCUAAACCUCGAAGUGGAAGUUUUUGUGACUCGCAACGAAGCCAUGAACGACUACACGCAAUUCGACUCCAAAGUUCUUAAGUUCGAAGACACCUGCAUCGACAAAGGGGAUCCAUCGAAGGGUGCAUCUAACGUUGACGCCGUGUCGAGUUUGAUUCCGACCACAUCUAGCCAAAACCUCUUCAUGGUGGCCAUGAUCCUUGCAUCGGUUGCAGGCUUUGUCCUGAUGUCUGGGCUCUUCAACCUAUACGUGUACACUCCUAGAAAUUCUCCCGAAAGUCCGUUUUCUUUAACCCUCGAUGUGUUGCUCUUCUUCAUCAGUACCCUCGUGGGUAUUGUGGUCUGUGGGGGUGCCGUGCUUCUGCUUUGGAACCCCGCACGGAGCUACAUCGUCCCAAGGUCAUCGUCCUCGCGAAAUAGCUCAACCAUCGUCUCUGCCACAGAUCCAGUGAAAGAAGAGCGCAUGGAUGUCGAAUCUCAGCCUGCAACAUUAGAAGACAUGUGUACAGUUAUCAAAGGCUCCCGACCUCCAUUCCAAGAGAUCUUCGAGACUGCUGCAACGAAACACGACGGGGAGGAGAUCGGAGUCCUCAUCUGUGGCCCUAAAGGCCUUCAAGAAAGCGCUGCCUCGGAGUGUCGCUCCCAGAACUUCCGAAAUCGGCGAGCACAGUUCCACUUCCAUUCUGUGUGCUUCGACCUCUAGUUGCACUCCUGCAAUCAACUCAUCACCUUCGACGCAGAAAUGCAUCACACACCGCUCCUGUUAUCCCAUUCAACUGGCACCUUGUGCACAUCGGCUCCUCCAAGACUCCAAGUACAGAACGUCCAUCAAAAACCAAAUGCCGUGAGUUGCUUGCAUAUAAAAAUGUACAAUAGAAUUUACUUCCACACACGACCCACUUCUGGAUAUCCGAGCAAGAGUAUCUGUAGCUGUAAAAGAAAACCCAACAACACUACACAUCCUGCACAUGACAUCAUUUGUGUACAAAAAUUUGUAGUCUAGGUACUAUCGACAGGAAGAGGCCAUAGGUUCCGACACCACCGACACUUGUGAAUAUGACGAUUUGAGUUCAUUUCCGAUGUGCACCGGAGUUGAACCAUAGGACAAAAAAAUAACGGUUUUGACCAGGUAAGGCUGAGAUUGAGGGCUGUUGCUGUGGAUGAGUGAGCACCAGACUAGCUGCGAUCCGCCAUGGAAACCAACUUGCCAAUAAUAAAAACACACAUGGGCACCAGUCUUGCAAUAUUUGUGAGGAUUGUUCACUCUC